AUGUUAAUUAUUUUUUUUAACCCAACUGCCGAUAUAGUCAAUAUUUUAUGUAAUAUGAAUUAUAGAAACUAAUUGAAGAAGGUGAUACAUAUAAUAUUGUCGUUGCCUUGUAUGAUGUUGGAACAAAUAUUGAUGAGCCAAAGUUUAGCAAUAGUUAUGUUUGGAAUAAAAGAAACUCCAACUUUUAUUUUCUUUUAAAAUUAAGUACCCUACAUGUAUUUUGGAAAUAGGAGAGCGCAUAUUGUUAUGAAAUGGAUAGUGGAUGUAUUAUUUAAAAUUAUUCUAUUUAGUUUUUUCAAGGUAACCCUUUUCCACCAGAAAUUCUUUCAGAAUCUCAACUUUAAUAAUUUCUAGAUAAUAAUAAUUAGGUCUUCUUUUAUCAAAGAAAUUAUACUGAAGAUAAUGAUUAAAUUUAUUAAAAAUUCUAUCAAUUUGCUUUAUAGAAUAAAGAUCCAGAAAUACUAUUUGCUUAUUCUUGUAUAAUUUAAAUAAAUAAUUCAAAGAUUUUAUAUUUUUAUAAAUAAGAAUCAUAAGAAAAAACUUAUUUUACUAAAUUAUUGACUUCAGAAAAUCUGAAAAGAUUUAUUUAAAAAAUAAAUUACCUUUUAUACCUAAAUUAUAUUUAGAAUCUUAGAAAUUAGUAUUUUAAGCAAACAGUUUAUCAUUUAUACUUUCAACAAUCAAUAUGA